GUAUCUUACUGGGCCAUGUAAACAGAAAGAGAAAUUCUUCUUUCUUCUUCUUCUUCCCAAAGUCUCUCAAUCCAGGACAUCAAAUUUCUAGGGUUUACACGAUUACAGCUGGUCGUGGUGAAAAAAUGGCAUUGACAAACUUCAUAUUAACAGUAGCAGGUGUAGGUGCAGCUAUUCUUCUACUUAGGGGUGAUGUGAGACAAACAGCUUCAAUUUUCAAACGCAAUGUUCGCCAUAUUCGUAAGUGGGUUGAAGAAGAAUCUGCUGCUGUUACCAAGGCAGGUGACAAGGCAGUCAAGGAGAUAGAGUCGAAGGUUCCUCAUAAGGAUAUACCCAAAGACGGCAAGCACUAAGAUUGCCAGAGAUAUAUUUUGCUUUUUUGUUCUUGAUCGGCAUGACAGAGAGACAUCCCUGGAGCUCAAUAUGUAUUAGGCCAAAUUUAUAAACCAGAAUCCAUCUGUUACAUUUGACAUCUUGUACAUCCUUUACCUCUUUAUGUUUGAGCAAUAAAAUCUUAUAUUUGACUAA